CUCCUCCUCCUCCUUCUCCUUUUCCUCUUCCUCAGAUUGUGAGACCAGGAUUAAGAUCAAGAAAUUGUCUCCAGAAUGGGAAAUUCCAGAGGAAAUAGAAUUACAACAUAUAAUGUUGAAAAGACUUGCAGAGAAUAGUCUCCCAAAAUCUAAGCUGAGAAAACCUUGGGAAUCUGAGGGAAAACUAAAGACACAUUGGGAAAGACAUUCAGAAGAGAAAUUGCAAAAACAUCUUUACCAUGAAAGAGAUCUUAACGCAGUGAAAAUGAUACCUAAGAAAAUUUUUAUAGAGAAGAGCAGCAAGAAAUACAGUAAGUUUGGAAGAAGGUUCAGUUUGAACCCAAAUCCUGUCACACAUCAGAGAAUUCUUGUAAGAGAGAAUCCCUGCAAAUCUAAUAUAUAUGAAAAAAUGAAGUUUAAGCAGAAUUCAGUCCUUAUUGAAAAUCAGAAAAUUUGUUCUAGAGAGAAACUCUAUGAGUGCAUUGAAUGUGGAAAAAGCUUCACUGCACAUUCAUCUUUUACUCAGCAUUAUAAAAUCCAUACUAGGGAGAAAUCCUAUGAGUGUAACAAAUGUGAGAAAAGCUUCAGUCAGAACUCUCACAUUAUUGAUCACCAGAGAAUUCAUACUGGAGAGAAACCUUAUGAAUGUAAUGAAUGUGGAAAAUCCUUCAGCCAGAGCUCUAACCUUAUUCAUCAUCAAAUAAUUCACACAGGAGAAAAACCUUACUAUUGCAAUGAAUGUGGGAAAGCUUUCAGUUACCAUUCAGUGCUUAUUCAACAUUACAAAAUUCAUACUGGAGAAAAACCCUAUGUAUGUAAUGAAUGUGGAAAAGCUUUUAUUCAGCGCUCUAAUCUGAUUCAACACCAGAGAAGUCACACUGGCGAGAGACCUUAUGAAUGUAAUCAAUGUGGGAAAGCCUUCAGUGUGCACUCAUCUUUUAUUCAACAUAGAAAAAUUCAUACUGGAGAAAAACCCUAUGAGUGUAAUGAAUGUGGGAAAGCCUUCAGUGCACGCUCAUCUUUUAUUCAACAUAGAAAAAUUCACACUGGAGAGAAACCCUAUGAGUGUAAUCAAUGUGGGAAAGCCUUUGGUGCCCGUGCAUCAUUUAUUCAACACUGUAAAAUUCACACUGGUGAAAAACCCUAUGAAUGUAGUGAAUGUGGGAAAAUGUUUAAUGCUCGUUCAUCCUUCAGUCGACAUAAGAGAACACAUAUUGAAGAGAAGUCCUGUGAACAAAAUGAACUUAAGAAACCCUAUGAGUGUAAUGAAUGUGGGAAAACCUUUAGUUCACGCUCAUCUUUUAUUCAGCAUUGUAAAAUCCAUAGUGGAGAGAAACCCUUUGAAUGCAAUGAAUGUGGGAAAUCUUUCAGUCAGAGUUCUAAUCUUAUUGAUCAUCAGAGAAUUCACACUGGAGAAAAACCCUAUGAAUGUAAUGAAUGUAGCAAAGCCUUCAGUCAGCGAUCCAGCCUUAUUCGACAUCAUAAAAUACACACUGGAGAGAAACAUUAUGAGUGCAGUGAAUGUGGGAAAGCCUUCAUUCAGAGCUCCAACCUCAUUAAACAUCAGAGAAUUCAUACUGGAGAGAAACCCUAUGAGUGCAAUGACUGUGGCAAAGCUUUUAGUGACCGUUCAUCUCUUAUUCAGCACCGGAAAAUUCAUACAGGAGAAAAACCCUUUGAAUGUAAUAUAUGUAGUAAAUCCUUUAUCCUGAGCUCUAAUCUUAUUAAACAUCAAAGAAUUCACACAGGAGAGAAACCCUAUGAAUGUAAUGAAUGUGGGAAAGCCUUCCGUGCACGCUCAACUCUUAUUCAGCAUCAGAGAAUUCACACUGGAGAGAAGCCCUAUAGGUGUAAUGAUUGUGGAAAAGUUUUCAGUCAGCACUCUAACCUUAUUCAGCAUCAGCGGAAUCAUACUGAAGAUAAGCCAUGUGACAAAGUUUUCACUUAAUGACUUUUGUUCUGAAAAUUUAGCUCUUAAAAAGAUUUAUUUACUCUCAAACACUUGUUUACAAAUUUGUUAUGCUGCCCUUCUAUGUCCAAGGUGGGGCCCUGUCCAUGGUCUGAAUUCCAAAAUGUGUGUGCCUUUCUUGAUAUUCAAAGGUGGCUUUCUGCUAGAGCACUCACAGAUUUAACCAUUGAUUUAUUCUUUUAUUUUAAAAGUAUUAAACACAUAAAAGUAAUGUUAAAACUGUUAAACUUAAGUAAAUACUCUAAAGAUACUAUUUUAAAAUAAAUUUUAAGAGAAGUAUCUAUUUUCUUAUUUUAAGUCCGAGUCCUUUUUUCUCUGUUGUCCCUGUGUAACCAAACAAGAGCCCAAAAUAUUUACUGCUUUUUGAUUAGGGA